AAUUUGCCAAAAAUCUAUAUCCUUGUUUUAUUUUUACAUUUGUUUUUCAGGUGUUUUGUCACCCAGUGGUGAAUCCAGACCUUUCGAUAAAGCUGCAAACGGUUAUGUACGCAGCGAAACGGUGUCAGUGAUAUAUCUUCAAAAAGCAAAGAAUGCGAAAAGGAUUUACGCUAUAAUUCCGCAUAUUAAAACAAACUGCGAUGGUUAUAAAGAAGAAGGAGUAACAUAUCCGUCGUCCCAGAUGCAAACUACUUUGCUAUCUGAAUUUUAUGAUGAGUGCGGAAUACCGACAUCUUGCGUGGAUUACAUUGAAGCACAUGGUACUGGUACCAAAGUCGGCGAUCCUGAGGAAGUCAAGGCUCUUCAUAAGGUUUUUUGCAAGAAUAGAGAAACUCCUUUAAUGAUUGGCUCCGUAAAAUCCAAUCUUGGUCAUGCUGAAAGUGCAAGUGGUUUUACUCAGCUUGCUAAGGUAAUAAUUGCAUUCGAAACCGGUAUUGUUCCACCACAUAUCAAUUACACAUCACCACGAGAUAAUAUAGACUGCAUAAAAAAUGGAGCUAUCUGUGUCGUUACAAAUCCAAUGCCACUUAAAAAUGGUUACAUAGGUAUUAGUUCUUUCGGUUUCGGGGGAGCUAAUGCUCACAUGUUAGUAAAGUGGAACCCCAAACAAAAACUUGACAAUAAUGCGCCUAAUGAUGACUUGCCAAGACUUGUAUUAUUAUCUGGAUGCACUGAAGACUCAGUAAACUUGUUUUUAAACGAUGCUGCUAAUCAUCCAAUAAAUAUAGAAUAUAUCCGUUUACUGCAUGAUAUUCAUGCGGAUAAUAUAGACGGUCACUCAUGGAGAGGAUUUACCAUAUUGAAUACUUUGCGACAAGAUUCAAUAAAGGAAAUUCAAAAUUGUGAAAAUGUGAAGAGACCUGUUUGGUUUAUAUUUUCUGCUUUAGGCUCGCAAUGGCCAGGAAUGGGUCAAAACUUAUUAAAAUUGCAUGUCUUUGCAAAUGCCAUAAGAAUGUGCGACGUUGCUUUAAAACCAUAUGGUAUAAGCGUCACGAAUAUUUUGACAACAACAGACGAAAAAGUGUACAAAGACGCAUUAAACGCAUUUGUUGGGAUCGUUGCUAUUCAGGUAAAAUUAUACACCUAA